CCUGAGCUCUCCCUUCACUUUCUGUUCAACUCUCCACUUGCCUGCUGAACAGACUGGACAAACAGCUCUGGUGAGUGAGUAGUGGUGUACAAAGGGAUGUGACAGACAUUUUUCAAUGUACAUUUGGACUUCAGCAUUUAAUUUUUUUUAUCUGGACACUGGCAAUGUCUGAAAGCAUAGUAAGGAAGGUUCAGCCGUUCACGAUUGGGACAAGGCUGUCAGUCCCGGCUGUGCCAAAAUGCCAGGAGUUUACAGAGAGUUAUCUGCAGAGUCAGAGUUUGGAUAACUGCACUCUACAGCACAACCUGAACUCACUCUACCUCAGUAGAUCCCAGGUAUGCACACGCGGCCCCUGUCUUGUCUCACCCAUGGUCAAGCAGGUAGCCCCUGUGAAGCACAACCAGGAGGACAUGGCAGCUGAGGACCAUCUGAACCAGAACGUCGCCUCUCCCUCUGCUGUCUCCCGGUCCAUUAAGAAGAUAACGAUCUCUGGAAGUAGAGAAAGAUCGGAGAACAAUGUGUCAGUGGGACCAGCACAGCUUUCAAUCACAGGAUCAACAUCUGAAAACAACAAUAACAACAACAACGUCACUAGGACAUCAGAUCCACAGCUGCCCCGGAUUGUGGGUGUGAGCUGUGAGAAUAAACCUGGUUCUCACUUCAAGGUUUUACUCGGAAAAGACAGCAGUGAAGAACUUCAGCCAACACAGGGACAAACCAAGACGAAAAUAAACGGAGAAAAAUACGUCCAACAGAUUUCAGUGCCUGAAUCGCAUCAAAAAGACACUCAAAGUAAAGAAAGCCAUCCGCACACGCACGAUGGAGCAUCAGCAGCUGCUCCCACAUCCCAGAGCGACUGCUUCACUCAGCACUACUCGCUUUUCCACAAGGAAGUACUGCAGGCAGAGGCGUGGAUCAAAGGCAAGCUGCGGGACCUGAAGGAUGGAUGUAAUAUUCAGCGCUGCCCCCUGCAGGACUGGGGGGAAGCCUCGCAGUCGCUCCACAGAGACCUCAAAGACUUUGAGAACACCCUAAUACAACUCAACAAGAUGGGUGAGCAGCUGAUCUGCAAGCUAAACCCCACCUCUGACCUGGUGAAGAAACAACUCAGCCAGCUCAGGGACAUGUGGCACACCCUCAAGCAGACGGCCGCAAAUCAGACAAGGACGCUGGGUGGAGCCAAGAACCUGCAGGAUUUCAACAAGAAAGUGGACAAGCUGGAGGCAUGGAUCAAAGAAAUGCAGGAAGAGGAGCAGUCUCUGGUGAAUGUCCUCGGGGAACAUGUUGACAAAAUGCAGCUGACCAGGAGGAUCUUAGAUCUAAAGCAGGAUGAGCAGCUAUACGGAAACCUCCAUGAGGAGAUCAACCACUUGGCCCUAAAACUGGAGAAACAGGGGAAGACAGAUGGGAAAAACAUCUCCAGCAAGAGGAAACACAUCAAUAAAAUGUGGCUCAAGGUCCAGUCUCAUCUGAAAAACUACCAUGAGAAUCUUCAGCUGGCACUGGAGGUGUCCUCGUUCUACCAGCAGGCUGAUAACACGUUGUUCGCUAUUAAUAACAUGAGGGAGAGCAUGUCUGCCUCCAAAGAGCUGGACAGCGUCGGAGAUAGAGAAAUACGCGACAUAGCCAGUCAAAUCAUGAUGCUUGAUGUGAGCGUGUCCCAGGUUUCUAAUCUCCACCCUGCCCUGGCUGCCGGCGUCACGCAGAAGCAGAGCGAGGUGAAGGACUGCUGGGCGCUUCUUCAGAAAGUUCUCAGGAGUGACAGGACCACGCUCUCUCCCAACGGCUCCGCUUUCACCAGGGAAGAUGCUGACCCCCUGACACCGGCCCAGGAACCCCAGUGCAACGUGGGAACGGAGACGCAGAGGCUCAUGGGAAAGGAGGUGAAGGAGGAGCAGAAUCGACUGAAAGGCUGCGUGAGUCCUGUUGAAUGUGGGAUCGGUAGGAGGACACCCAGCAGCCAAAGCCAGGAGCAGCCAUCAGGGAACCACACCUCGUCACCCACAGGAGGCGGCCCUGCCUCCGCAAAUGAUGUCAUCGUCAGACAUCAAUUAAAGGGGGAAAGCAGGAAGCCCAGAGCAGAGCCCAGGCUUGCCACCGCUACACGAGGCCACCCACAGCUCCACUCGCAGCUCCAGAAGUUCACCGUGUCUGCUGACAAGACUUUGUCCUGGCUGAAAGACAAUGUGUCCAUGGCCACGCAGGUGUGCUCAAUAGCCAGCUUUGAGGGCCUGGAGGCAGCCAGGAGGUGUCAGCACACUUUGCAGCAAGAAAUCCUGACCAACAGGGCCAGGAUAGAGGUUGUCAAACGGGAGGGCCGCGGGCUGGUCCGUGCACAGCAUCCGGGCAGCGCCAAGAUAGAGGAGUUCCUGGGCCAGCUGGAAGUCCUGUGGGAAGAGCUGCGGAGGAGGCACCAGAGGAACAAUGCGUUUCUGCAGGCUUCAGAGGAGCUGGGCUUCAGGGUUGUUAAAGUGCUCCAGGCCCUGGGCAGCCUGGAGGCCUGGCUGGAAUCCGUGGAACUCUCUAUGAAGGAGUCCGCUCUCGCCGGUGACCCUGAGACAAUGAGCAUGGCUGAGAGGGAGAGCUGUCUGCUGGAGAAAGAAGUGGCAGCUCGCAGCCUGGAGCUCAGCGGUCUGAGGCAGGAGGUGGAGCGCCUCCACAGCGCCAGUCACCCACACACACGGGGCCUGCCGGCACGCAUGGAGGAGGUGGAAAGAAAGUACCAUCGUGUCCAAAGUGUACUGACCCAGCAGAACUCCGAGCUGCAGGACACACGGAUGCUGACGGAGUUCCUGGAGCGCGUGGAGCUGGAGGAGAGCCAGGAGCUCAGCGGGAGUCGGUACAGCCUUGGCCAGCCUCUUCACAGUGAGAUCUCCUCAGCUCCUACACUACUGGGACUCCAAAGCAGUGGCGGUGGCGAGCCCCUGAUAGAAAGCAUGGGAGACCCUGUGGAGGAACUAAGAGAGGCCGUAGAGAUGCUGAAUGACACUGUAAGGGAGAGGGGCCGAUCGCAGAGCCACGACCAGGCCAUCCAGGAGCUGCUGAGCAAGCAUGCCAGGCUGGCGGUGCACGUGGAGGAGUGCUUGAGCUGCAGCAAGGAGCUGAGCCUGGACAUCCUGGAGAAGGAGACAGACAUGGCCGUCCAGUGUGAGCCCGACCGCUGCGGCCUGGAGGCUCUGCAGGAGAGGCAGGACCUCCUGGAGAUUGACUAUGAAGUCAUCAGGGAGGAGGUGAAGGAGAUGGAGAGCCAGACCUCUCAUUUGGAGGAGCUGUGCCCGGAGAGAGUGUUCGUUCUCGGGGCAAAGAUCCGGGCCAUGCUGCAGGGCUGGACGGAGCUGGGGAGGAGUGUGGUGGAGAACCAGUCACAUCUGCAGGAGUUUGUCCAGCUCCAGGACUUCUUCAGGAGCUACCUCGCCAUGAUCUCUUGGACAGAAGACACCAGGUCGUGCAUUUUCUCAGAUACCGCCUUGCAUCUUGGGAAAGACGGCCAGAGGCCACUCGCUGCAGAGCUGGACUUGCAGAUAGAGCAAAAGUUUGAGGAGUUUGAUGCGCUGGCGUACACAGGGAGGAACCUUUUGGAUAAAGGACACCACCUCACGCAGAUGGUAAGAGAGCGCAUGGAGGAGCUGAGGAGCAUGCUCGGCUGGAUCUCGGUGCACUGGAGGGCUCAGAAACAACAAUGGCUUCACAAGCAGAGCAGAGAGGAGCCUUCACAGGAUAACAUAUACUCUGAGGCCACUAUGUGCUCUACAUUGGCAGAGAGUUCCGACCCUGAUCUAGAGGUCUAUGAGUCCCAUAUGUCACCUGUCGUCACCUCCACUGAAGACAAAUUACGGGCUGCAGGAGACGCCCCGCCCUCCUCGCUGCCGCAGAGACGAGCUGAUCCGCAGGAGGAGAAUCAGUUUGAGGAUGGGUAUGAGGUCAUGAACAGUAUCGGACCCCAGGGCGGUGAAGCCUCCCCUUCAGAGUCUCCAAAACCAUCCAUCGUGGUCCUCAAGGAACCCAGCAGCCCUGCUUUAGGGGGCACGGUCAACCUCAUCCUGAGCUUCGGGGGGCAGGGGGACAGCCAGGUUCAGGUGCUAGAAAACACGCCUGCUAGGACGGAGGAGGUAGAGGAAGAGACAUGUGAGCCUGUCCACAGGCCCACUCUGCAUCAGUCUUCUGCCUGUAAAACCUUUUGGAGGCGCUGCCAGGGGCUUUUGGAAAAUACUUUUGGUAGUUUAAAGCGAAAGAAAACGAUUUAUCGGCAGAGUGCAAAUGAGGUAAGUACCUACUUGCAUGUGAAGGAUAACAACUUGGCUGUGGCACCUGUGUAUGAGAGCAUCACCCUGCCCCGCCAAAAGAGGCGCUCUGCAGCCUCAGCCUCCCCUACGUUCUCGGCGUCCUCCUCCUCUUCCUCUGCGACCGCACCUCAGUCGGCGAAUGUAACCUUCCACCCUUCAGCUGGGAGCACCUCCAUCUUCAGCAGCCUGAAGAGGAUAGGCAAGAAGAGAAAGAGGAAGAGAGACGCUCGCAGGCACACUAUCCAGAAGAUCAUGGGAGUGGAGGAGCAGACCGAAGGCAUGCCGUAUUACGACAGCGAGACAAUCACGUACGACACGCAUACAUGGCCGCUGAAGGAAGCCAGGAGGAAGAAGGGUACACAUAAGAGCGGAAAUGGAGUCGAAGCGAUGGCCUACAUGAAGAAUCCCCUGCUGAAAGACAUUGAUACGGAAUGUUCAGGAGUGUACAGCAUUAUUCCAUACGACAUGUCAGAUGGGCCGACCACAAAUCAUGCGAGAAGCCACUGCAGGUUCCUCUCUUUGGGCUCCGUGCUGAGCUUCGAACUGCCUAAAGACAUGACCCUCAUCCCCAGCAUUCAGGACAUCAUUACUAUCGCCCCACCAGAGACCAAAACACCUGCAGGGACUGAUCCGGACCCCAUCUCCCAGAGACAAACGGCCCUGAGCUCCUUUAAACAGACUCGAUCCACUCCGUCCGUCACACGCAGUUCAGCAGAUUUCAGUCUUCCUGAAACACAGACAGUUGUAGUGAAAGAUCUGCCUGAUGUCAGGAACAGUUUCCAAUCACCACGUCCUUCUUCCACAGAGGAAGACCAGACUGUACCAUGUAGAGACAUGUCCAAACCACUCACCUUGCUUGAGGAUGCAGAGCAGGACAAAAUGUUGUCCUGUACGGCUGAAAGACAUGGGACCAACAAGCCUUGCCAGCUCCCGAUUUAUGUGAAUCAAGCCCAAAACACAGCUGCGCAUAAACACAAAUGCCCGAGCGUCCACACGCUCAUCCGAGACCUGAACGGACACCACUACCAUAAAUGUGCCAAACCCCAGAGUGUGCUCGAAGAGAAUCCGGAGCCACAGUGUCAGAGCCAGGCCUCUCAUAUGGUUGUGAAUCUGAAGUCGACCGUUAGCGUGAGCGUUCGCCAGGACUCUGUAGACUCCGGGAUCUCCACCUCCAGCAGCGUCAAGCUCUGCCCUGAUAGUCUGUGUCUGGAUAACCUGCAGCCAAAGGGUGUAGUGGGGAGGCUCAUGUCCCUUGAGGUGGGAGGAAUAGACUGUGCUAAAACAAGGGAGAACACGUCAUCGGUUCCAACCACAGAGCCAUCGGCUCCAACCACAGAGCCAUCGGAUCCAUCCACAGAGCUGGAAACAGAGCCGGUCCUCCUCGACCACCAGCAGUUUGAGGAGGAAGAAGAAGAGCUGGAGGAUAUCUGGAACCAGACAACCAAUUACAGACAGAGCAUCUGCUCAGACAUCAUGUACCAGCCCAAGCAGGAAGAGCCUGAACCCUCUGACCAAUCAAAACCACCAUCACCCAAAAUCCCAGCUGUGCUCUACAGGAACCUGGUCACAGCCUCAGCCCCUAACCUGCUCGUGGCAGAGUUUAAACUGCCCCCCUACCUUCAGAGCUUGCUGGGCUACGACAAGGAGCUGCAGAGUCCCAGAGGUCACCUCCCUCCACUGGCCCCGGGAGACAGGAAGUCCUGGGCGGCCUUCCCCAACAGGGAACCAGCCGGGAAGACCGUAGUGACGGUGAACGAGACGGCAUCGGACCCAGUGAAGCUGCCGGACGUUGGGGACAAUCAGAGAUAUAUUUAUCAGUACAGAGAGGAGGAGGAAGAGCGGGAGGAGGAGGCAAAGGUGGGGGAGGAGGUGGAUGAGCUCGGAGGUUGUUCCAAGGACCAGUCAAUGAGCCUCCUCUCAGUCCAUAUGGGUUUGGAUGGCGUCUGCCAGCAAAGGAAAACCCCUCACAGCCUGAGCGACUUGGAGCAGCAGGAAGAGUUCCUGACCACAAGAGGGCGCUGUGUUACCCUGAGUGGGAAGCCUGAGCUGCAGUCCAUGGAGGGAACGCUGGAGAGGAAACACAAGCUGCAGCUGGGGGGAAAGAGGGCUGCCUCCAGAGGAUGGAACUCGUACCAUGCCGUCCUAUACAGACACACCUUAUGCUUCUACCAGGAUAGGAAGGAUACACUGAGGAGCUCUGUAUGCGGCCUGCCGCUCAACCUCCUUGGAGCGGAGUGCUCCCCUGCACCAGACUACACCAAGAAACCCAACUGCUUCAGACUGCGGCUCCGCGAUGGCUCCGAAUAUCUGCUCAAUGCCUCCUCACGCUUUCUGAUGAAGAAAUGGAUGAUGAAAAUACAGGCAAACACAGGUCGCAGUGAGACUUCAUUCUCAAGAUUCCUGGCUGAUCAAGACCUCCCUAACUCCUCAAAGCCUUUCUGCUCCCAUUGUAAUGGCCGCGCCACAUGCCAGUGCUCCUCCCGCCAUGAGGUCACGUCCACGUUCCCCAGGCGCAAAACCCAGGGCACCGCCCAGACUAAAGAGAUAGUCGUCCUCACCCGAGAGUUCGGUCACAUGACGCAGGGUCAUCUCAAGAGUGUGGAUGAGCAGUCCACCGGCUCACAGGGAGGCUGCAGUGAUGAUGAUGAAGACACUUUAACGCAGUCACUGACUCACAGGCUGUCUGGAGCAUCCAGAGCCAACACCUCUUCCUCCCCCCCUCUCCCGUGUGGCGGUGAGGACUGGCUCAGCAACAAGCGUCGCUCCCACUCCUUCACGUCAGCAACUUUUCAGAAGAUCAAACCCGUGGUGCACCCCCCUGCAGGCAGAGGCCCGGAGAGAGGCUCCAACUACUGUGUGACUCUUGUAGUUGGAGACAAGUCGUCAGACUCUGAGCCCCCGCUGAUGGCUACAGCCGGGUGGCAGCAGGACCCCCAUCAGGACUCGGCUCUGAGGAGCUACUCCAGCCUGCCGCGGCCACGCAACAACAAGUCCGUCUUCAAAAAGUUCUUCGGGAAAAAGGACCUCUGAGUUUUUACUUACAAAUUGUUCCUAAUGUGCAGUGCACACAAAAAAACGCCACUACUGACUAUAUUUAUGAUGGGAAGAGCUACCACGGUUUUAUGUUUGAUGUGUUUUGUCUUAUAAAUCAUAAGUAUUUUCUAUGAGUUAUUGUUUUUUCUUGUCACAUAAAAGGAACAAUACUGUGUGAGUGUGCACUGCGUAGUUGAAGAUUUGAUUUAUUGAAACACGUUUUCUCAACAAUCUUAUUUCCUUUUCUAUUUUUUCUGGAUUGUUGUGUAUUAAGUAAAGCAUACUGCUCAGUAGAGAAUCAGUUUAGAAACUACAUAAAAGAAUAAUCACAGUGAGUAUUAGUAUCAAAAUAUCCUGAACUCAUGACACUAACAUGUACAGCGUGUGGUGCACCAAUAUUUCUUUCUUUUUUUAUCAGCAGUUUGAUACUGCCAGAGCUUGUUUGAUUUUAACACUUUUGAAAUACAAAUUGUAACAAAGACUAUUCAUAAUAAAACAAUGAAAACCAA